AUGAAUGUGUUGACUUACAACAUUUGUGGAAGUGGAAGCUCAAUUAAAAGAAUAAGAUUAAGGAAAAAUAUUUUGGCAGGAAAAGCAGACAUCUGCUUUAUACAAGAAACAAAAAAUCAAAGUAUGAUGGAUGAGGUGGUGAAUAGUCUGUGGGGAAAUAAAGCAUGUGGUUGGUCGACAUUAGAUGCAAUAGGCCAAUCUGGUGGUAUACUAAUAGUAUGGAGGGAUAAAGUUAUAUGCCUAACAUACAACUUCAAAUGGACUAGAUUUCUGGGAAUUAAUGCAAUGUGGAAUGGAUUGAAUUGCUACUUUGUAAAUGUCUAUUCACCUUGUGGUGUUGCAGAAAAAUGCAAAUUAUGGUCCGAUCUAAUUGAAUGGAAGAACAAGAUUCCUAAAGGGGAGUGGCUUACGGGUGGUGAUUUCAACGCAAUAAAGACACUUGAGGAAAGGCGGGGUCAUGGAAGAGUUGGAGGAGUUUUGACCUUCAUAAAGACAACGAAUUAG